CGACGACGGCGCGGUCGUCUGGACCAUGCGCUCGGACCUCGUCGUCCUCGACGAGCCGGACGCCAAGGACACGAUGCGCUACGAGCUCGACUUUCAGAAGCGAAAGCGGAAGCGCGUCCUUGUCCUCAUCGCAGUCGCGCUCCUGACGGUUGGCAUCGCGCUCGCCGUUAUCUUGACGCAGACCGCGACGCAGUCGGCCGACACAAGCUCCGGCAUGAACACAAACAUCAACAACAACGACAACAACAAUGGCGUGAUCAAGACGACGAGCCCGUCGGCAGUGCCGUCGGUGCGUACACUGCCGCCGACGGUUCGCCCGACCUCGGUGUCGCCCACGAUCGCACCCAACUCGUCGCAACCCGUCGUGACGACAUACACACCAACGCCCAUCACCGAAGAGCCGACUGAUGAGCCGACUGAUGAGCCGACCGACGAGCCGACGCAGACGCCGACAGUCAAGCCGACGCAGACGCCGACAGUCAAGCCAACGCUACAACCAACGGUCAAGCCAACGUUGAAGCCCACGGAAGCGCCGCGCCCGACACCGGGCCCGAGCCCGAGUCCGACGCAAGAGCCAAAGCCGACAAUGGCACCGACGAGCCCGCAACCAAGCCCGAAGCCGAGCCCCCAGCCAACGCAAGGGCCUAGUCCUGCACCUAGUCCGGUGCCCAGCCUAAAGCCAACGCCUGCACCAACGCCUGCACCAACGCCUGCACCGAGCCCUGCACCGAGUCCUGUACCGAGCCCUGCACCGAGUCCGCAGCCCAGUCCGCAGCCCACCUACCCAAGCUCCAAGCCCGCAGCCAUCGCAGAAGCCUAGUCCGUCACCGCAGCCGCAGCCCAGCCCGUCAGUAUCGCAGCAGCCUGGGCCCCAGCC